GGAUUUACAUUUCAUCUCAUCCCCAAAUUUACAAUGGGGAAAAAGCUCAAGAGGCUAAAAAACAAAAAGAAGAAGGCAAAGGCAAAGGCAAAGGCAAAGGCGGAGGCGGCAUCAUCCGCCCGGCCAACGCCUCCGCCCCCGCCUCCGUGGUUAGAACUGCCUCCAGAGGUGACUGCGAAUAUCCUGCACCGGCUGGGGGCACACGAUAUGCUGAAGAGUGCACAGGAAGUCUGUACUACUUGGCGAAAUGUUUGCAAGGACCCUUCCAUUUGGCGUGUAAUUGACAUGAAAAACCUGGGUAAAUAUCAUGACAUGUCGGUGUACCUGGAAACCACGUGCCGUCAAGCAGUGGAUCGCAGCGAGGGCCAAUUGACUGACAUCUAUAUUGACUAUUUCGCCACCGAUGAAUUGCUACAGUACAUCUCCGAACGGUCAAGUCAGCUUAGGUGUCUUCGACUUGGGGGUUGCUAUGGAGUAUCAGGUGACGGUUUGAGUGAAGCAGCUAAAAGAUUUCCCUUGUUGGAAGAACUGCACUUGGUAUUUGUAAUGAGUUGUAACGACGGUAUUGAAGCUAUUGGUCGUUCCUGCCCUAAGUUGAGGUCAUUUACACUUAGUGAGUCAUCGUACAAACAUUCACAACUCCCUUGUAAUGAUGAUGCACUAGCAAUUGCAAAAAGCAUGCCGGGUUUGCACCACCUUCAACUUUUGGGAAAUAAUAUGACAAAUGAGGGCCUGCAAGCCAUUCUUGAUGGUUGUCUACUCCUUGAAUCACUUGACAUCCGGAGAUGUUUUAAAGUUGAUCUAAGUGGGGAUCUGGGGAAAAGAAUUACUCAAAAGAUCAAAGAUUCCAAGCAUCCUUACGAUUCCAUGGAAGAUUGCGAGUGGAAUACUGAUAUUUUUGACUGUGUAAAAUCUGAGGAAAACUACUACUACUCAUCUGAGUUUUCAGACUGGGAAUAUUAUGAUUAUGAUGAUUACUUUAACGUCUACAAUUCUGAUGGUGAUAAUUACUUUCAUGACUCCAAUUCUGAUGGUUAUGGCUUUGAUCCAUAUUUCUUCUGAGACUGAGCUUGGAACUGAUUUACGGUGAGGUUUGGUCGGUGGAUGUAAAAACUUAUUUUUGCCGGUUGAUUUUGGAAGAUCAAACUGCUUUUGGAAAUAGGUUUCUUCUUAAUGUGAUGGUGUUCAUUAUAAACAUGGUCUGUUUUCCAUUACCUUAACUCUAGUAAGUGUGAGAUUUUUGUGUAUGCGCUACUUGGAGCACUUAUGGAUGAUUAUUGUGCCUUGUCUUAUUGUUUUAUCUUACUGUUUUAGCAGCUAAUUGUUGUGUAUUGUCACUUUCAAGUGAAAUCAUGUGCGAUGGGAAAAUGCUCUAGUGGUA